AUGCAGUCGAAAUUCGCCUACUUGGCACUGGUCUACUUGGGUCUCAUGACCCUCGCCGACUCCGUGACUGACAGCCUUCUCCCCACUCGGUCGGGUCGCUGGAAUCUCGCCACUGCGGCUCUUAUUCUCAAAGGCGUAUCUGAUAUUAUAGGCCAAUCUGUGAUUGGCUAUUUUCUCAACACUAAGUCUAGGCAUCAUGCUAUGAACAUUAACACCACGAGUAUCCUUGUCGCUAGUCUCGUCACAUUGUUAAGCUUAUUUUACGAACAGCAAUGGCCUGUCUUGGUUGCCAUUGUCGGCCCUCUAGUAACAUGUAUCGGAGGAGGGUCUCAUGCCUCAUCAUUUCUCGUACUCGCCAUACUCCAUGAUCAGAAUCCCCCUCAUCAUCGUUUCACAAGUUACUAUUGGACAGGAGCUACCUCAGUCUUGGCUCAGGCUCUCGGUCCAUUCUUUGCCUCUAUCCUCACUGAUCAAAGUCGCGUCCUGCCCGGGAUACUGUCCGGAACCUGUUGCCUUAUCGGCUUUGGGAUUGUUGAUUCGCUGAAGCCUCCGCCUUACGAAAGCAAUAAUUCUAGUCAUGAUGAGUCCACUUCCUUGUUGCCUAAUAACCAAAACGACGUUGAGCUUAAGACCCUCAGCAUAUCGGUUACAGAGUAUUUGUCUAGAUGCUUUGGCAAGAAGUCUCUGAUCAGAAGCUCGAGUCUAAUAUUUCUGCCACAAGUACUUUUCCUCAUGGCUAUUUGUAAAUCAACUCGGCCACUUUUCAAAACCUACAUUCAGCACAGAGACGAUGUUAGUCCUACAGAGGCAGAGGCUUUGUGGCUUCUCCGUAGUGUCAUGAGCGUUCUGAUUUUUGGCAUUAUCCUACCAGCCAUUGUUCUGGGCACUGCACCAAGGGUCUCUUAUCCUAACAGCAUCAAUCUUCGUGUCGCCAGAAUCAGCGUUCUAUUCAUUUCGACUGGCGCCUUCAUGAUCGGUCUAUCAGGUUCUCUACGUUCCAUCACAACAGGUCUGUCUUACCCAAAAGCCGAAGAUAUCACUUUCUGAGACCAGUUCCAAGCCCUUGUAAUAAAUACUUUCGGUGUAGCAAUUGAUCUUAGCCUGAUUGCCCUUGCAUCGUGUAGCUUCAGCAGCUCCGAUGCAGGAACUGUCAUGAUGACCUUGGCAUCAAUCGAGAGCGCAGGAACAUUGCUCGGGAUUGGGGUUCUAUACCCGAUCUAUCAGUGGAGUAUUAACGAAGGCCUACCGUUCCUCGCAGGAGGCGUUCCUUACUACAUAUGCGGGUCUCUCUACGCAGUCACUGCCGUAGUUGUGUGGUCUUUAAGAACGAGAAGACAAGCUCCUGAUUCAUGAGCUGUGGGGAUCCAAUAAUCCCAUGCAAACAAGAUCUUGAAAGCCCUAACCCGGGGUCGAAAUAGUUGAAAGGCCGAGUUAGGAACUUGUAGGCCAAUAAAAUACGGUGGUGUGAUGGGGUACCAACUCGAUAAGGUUCACAGGACUGCAGAUCGGGGCAUUUGAGAGCUCGUUUCCUUUUUCCCGUAAAGUUACAGAAGCCGGUGUCGCUUCUCCUGGUCCAGUAUGAAGUCAUGGGUAUAGGCAAUAUGAGGGGGUAAAUUAGCCGUUCUUGGAAUUCAACUGGCUGAUAUCAUUUUCCUGGUACUGUGGACUUGACCUGUGAUAUUGGCUACUCAGCUACCGGUCUUGGCGCCACUCGGCUUUUCCCUCAUUAUCUUGAUAUAUCUCGCUAAGCUACAUCAUAAGCUUCAUAUCACCAGAUAUGUCUUGACCACCUAAAGAGUCAGAAGACUAGCUUCCAAUACUUCGGGCUCCUUCUGUCUCAACACCAAACAAGUAUCCAUAGAACUGGCAUUUGUGAAUGGCUCGGGCUGCAUAUGAAGUCCGCGGAACUUGCUUAUAUAGACGCCCAGCUGCAGACUGCAAC